GAACACAGCAUUCUUUUGAAGCCGCAAGCUUCCUUUCUCUCCCUAUGUUCUUUCACAAUGGGCUGUCCCUGAAGUAAAGAGGGAGAGAGAGAGGGGGAGAGAGAGAGACAGACAGAAAGUGAAAGCUAGGCAGCGCUCUGGAAGCCUAGCCGGUCAUUGCUGUGAUAUUCUGACUGCCCCAGCGGCUGAGAGAGGGGGCGCGUGACAGAAAGAAAGAAAGAGAGAGAAAGAGAGAGAGAGAGAGAGAGAGAGAGAGAGAGAGAGAGAGAGAGAGAGAGAGAGAGAGAGAGAGAGAGAGAGAGAGAGAAGGAGAGAGAGAGAAGGAUAUAAGACUAGAAGUUCCCAAAUAGAGCAUCAACAGCAAAGUGCGGAGUGGAGGGAGUGUCUCGUCUCUUUAGGGGGAGGUGCUCACUAACAUGAAGAAGAAAACAGUCCAGAGGAGCUACUACUAGUUGAAGAUCUUUAAGAGGAGCUACUACUAGUGGAAGAUCUUUAAGAGGAGCUACUACUAGUGGAAGAUCUUUAAGAGGAGCUACUACUAGUGGAAGAUCUUUAAGAGGAGCUACUACUAGUGGAAGAUCUUUAAGAGGAGCUACUACUAGUGGAAGAUCUUUAAGAGGAGCUACUACUAGUGGAAUAUCUUUAAGAGGAGCUACUACUAGUGGAAUAUCUUUAAGAGGAGCUACUACUAGUUGAAGAUCUUUAAGAGGAGCUACUACUAGUGGAAGAUCUUUAAGAGGGGGAGAAGAAGACCAAUAGUGUCUAUUCAGACACAAUUCAAACCGAUAGUGUCUAUUGACUCUACUCAGACUAAAGGAGAAAGACAAAAACUUUGUUGUCGAGGAUGUCUUGGCUGUCGCCCAUGUCAUGGGCCAAGUGGACGUGGACAGCAGUCCGGGGAGCAGAGGAGGGAGAGGAGGUGGAGGAGGAAGAUGGACUGCUGCCUUGUGGAGGGCAGCGAGAGGAGGAGGAAGAAGAGAGAUCUCAAGGCUGCAGUUCAGACUCAGAGGGCCACUUUGAAACCCCAGAGGCUCAGAGCCCUGUCCACACUCCACUCCAAGUCCCAGAAGAGCUGGAGACCUUCACCACUGACAGAGCAGAUGCCCUGGAGGAGGAGGAUGAACAGCUGAUAGUGUCUGGCCCAGCCAGAGAUCCAGCUCCUAGCCUCCUAUUUAACCAGAACAUGGGUCAGGCCAAGCCCCCCUUGGUCCCUGAGGAGGAGGCCCCUGUGGACUCUAAGGAGGGGCCACAAACACUGCCCAACACCACAGACACUGCAGAGGUUCAACCCGCAAUAGCAGGCCCAUCAGCCCAGACCAAUGGAGCAGCAAAGGCCACUGCUUCUCUAGACUUAGGUCUACCUGAGGAGGAUAGACCACUGGCUACUUCACUAGACUUAGGCCUACCUGAGGAGGAUAGACCACUGGCUACUUCUCUAGACUUAGGCUUAACUGAGGAGGAGAGGCCACUUGCUACUUCUCGAGACUUAGGCUUAACUGAGGAGGAUAGACCACUGGCUACUUCUCUAGACUUAGGCUUAACUGAGGAGGAUAGACCACUGGCUACUUCUCUAGACUUAGGUCUACCUGAGGAGGAUAGACCACUGGCUACUUCUCUGGACUUAGACCUAACUAAGGAAGCUAGCAUUACUAAGACGCUUUGUAAUGGACACCCCAUAGAGACCAUCCCUGAACCUCAGGCCAAACCCACUAAAACCACACCCCCUUCCCUGAAGAUAAAGGGAGCCUUUUCCAGGGCUAGUGCACAGAGGGAUGGGGACAGUGAUAUCACCCUAGUCCCUAAGGCUAGCUACAACUUCAACCCGGACCAAUUCGACGACAGCUUCAAUCCGUUCGCCAGCGGCGGCUCCAAGAUUCAGAACUUCUCUCCAGCCGAUGCCCUGCCCACAAUGGAGUCGCUACCUGUACCUAGCUCCCUGCCCACAAUGGAGUCGCUACCUGUACCUAGCUCCCUGCCCACACUGGGGUCGUUACCUGUACCUAGCUCCCUGCCCACAAUGGAGUCGCUACCUGUACCUAGCUCCCUGCCCACACUGGGGUCGUUACCUGUACCUAGCUCCCUGCCCACACUGGGGUCGCUACCUGUACCUAGCUCCCUGCCCACACUGGGGUCGCUACCUGUACCUAGCUCCCUGCCCACACUGGGGUCGCUACCUGUACCUAGCUCCCUGCCCACACUGGGGUCGUUACCUGUACCUAACUCCCUGCCCACACUGGGGUCGCUACCUGUACCUAGCUCCCUGCCCACACUGGGGUCGCUACCUGUACCUAGCUCCCUGCCCACACUGGGGUCGCUACCUGUACCUAGCUCCCUGCCCACACUGGGGUCGCUACCUGUACCUAGCUCCCUGCCCACACUGGGGUCGCUACCUGUACCUAGCUCCCUGCCCACACUGGGGUCGCUACCUGUACCUAGCUCCCUGCCCACACUGGGGUCGCUACCUGUACCUAGCUCCCUGCCCACACUGGGGUCGUUACCUGUACCUAGCUCCCUGCCCACACUGGGGUCGUUACCUGUACCUAGCUCCCUGCCCACACUGGGGUCGUUACCUGUAUACAGCUCUUCUCCACCGCUUUCUGGGACUAGUUCCUCACCUAAAAUGGAUGUUGAGGAGGUCAAAGAUUCAGCGUCGGAGGCAUCAGAGGAGCCCAAGCCUGUGGAGAUAGAGUUUGGGUUAGACGAGGCAGGCAAGGUAAAAAAAACGCAGCCCAGGAGGAUGGGUAAAACGCCCGGCAGCAAGCUCGCCGUCAAGAAACCAAGGGCAAAAGCAACGAUAACAGUACUUGCCCCGACACCGGCACCCGAACCAGUAAUAGCUCACCCGGUAGUAGAGCCGGUUUCAGAAACGACUUCCGAACCACAUUCCAUGCCAGGUCCCUCCUUAAGUUUGGACAACGUUCCUAUUCCCAAGUCCACUUAUAAAUUUGGCCCCAACCAGUGGGAUGACCCUAAUUUGAUCCCCUUUUGGGGUGGUGGUGUCAAAAUAAGUAGUUCCCCGGUUUUGCCCAAAGGAUCCUACAGCUUUGAUCCUCACAACUUUGACAACUAUGUGGACCCCUUUAAGCCAUCUACAGCCCUGGGCUGCGAGAACUCAACCUCCCGGGAUACUCCACUUCCUCCGCCAGCAGAGGAAGCAGUGAAACCAAAGCUGGAGCGGCUCCUGGAUGAGGGGAAGAGAAUGUGUCAGACUCCAAAGAAAAGCAAGGACAGGAUCAUCACGACCACUGAACAAGUGAAGUUUCUCUGUUUUCUGUUGAAUUCGUGUAAGAUCAAGAAGUAUGAAAACCAUUCCCUGGUCCUGAAUGUCUGCAAUCAGGAAGAGGAUGUGGUUGUGUCACAGGUCCAAGAAAUGCCCCGCCGCGUUCGCCAUGCCACCGAUGAGGAAAAGCUGGCUUGUAGUGAAAUCAUGGGCCAGAAAGCCAAGGAGGAGGCCGGGGUGGAGGUGGAGGAGGAAGAAGACUCAGUGUGUGCCAAAGACCCAACCAAAGGCCUGGCCAUCACAAACAACGUCAAAAGCCAGGCAAUGCUGGAUGGGCCACAGGCGAGGAUAACACACAAUAUGAAGGAAAAGGACAUUUGCAUUUCAAGUGAAGAGGUGUCAAUCACCCCAAGGCCAAAGUUGAUUGGCUGCAAGGGACACGAUGACAAAGGUAGUCCCUCCUCCAUGGAUACCAUAUCGCUAAAUGAGAUGGACAAAGCAGCGGUGCUCACCUUGAUCAGAGAGGAGAUAAUCACUAAAGAGAUAGAGGCCAACGAGUGGAAGAGAAAGUAUGAAGACAGUCAUAUGGAGGUGUUAGAGAUGAGGAGAAUAGUGGUGGAGUAUGAGAAAACAGUUGCACAGAUGAUUGAGGAUGAGCAGCACAAGAGGAGUGUCCUGGGCUCCCAGAAGAGUGUCCAGCAGGUGACUCUGGAGCGGGACCAGGCCCUGGCCGACCUCAACUCUGUGGAGCGCUCACUCUCGGACCUCUUUAGACGUUACGAGAACAUGAAGACCAUCCUGGAAGGCUUUAAGAAGAAUGAAGAGGUGCUGAAGAAGUGUGCCCAAGAGUAUCUGGUCCGCGUCAGACAGGAGGAGCAGAGAUACCACACCCUCAAGGUCCACGCUGAGGAAAAACUAGUCAAGGCUAAUGAAGACAUAGCCCAGGUGCGCUCCAAGGCCGACUCAGAGAGUGUGGCUCUUCAUGCCAGCCUGAGGAAAGAGCAGAUGAAGGUGGACUCCUUGGAGAGAGCCCUCCACCAGAAGAAUCAAGAAAUCGAGGAGCUCACAAAGAUCUGUGACGAACUAAUAGCGAAGCUCGGGACAUCAGACUGAUCAGACCUGAAAUCAUAAACGUUGGAGUUGUUGGAUGAACUGUUCCACCAACUUCUCCCCUCUCUGCCUUCCCAUUGCAGCCAAGGCCUAACCAUCCCCACUGCAGCUAGCUGGUAAAUUACUGUACACACUUCUAUACAAUCUGAACCCAUCUCUGCUUUUAUUACUCAAACACAUAGCGAGUGACUGCAGUAGUCACCCCUAUUGUUUCAGAUUGGAACAAAUUAACAGCGAAACAGCAAUGAGUGUAUAUAUAUAUAUAUAUAUAUACAGGUAUAUAUAUAUACAGUGGGGCAAAAAAGUAUUUAGUCAGCCACCAAUUGUGCAAGUUCUCCCACUUAAAAAGAUGAGAGGCCUGUAAUUUUCAUCAUAGGUACACUUCAACUAUGACAGACAAAAUGAGAAGAAAAAAAAUCCAGAAAAUUAUAUUGUAGGAUUUUUAAUGCAUUUAUUUGCAAAUUAUGGUGGAAAAUAAGUAUUUGGUCACCUAAAAACAAGCAAUAUAUAUACAUAUACACUCAUUGCUGUUUCGCUGUUAAUCUUUUAUUAUAACCAAUUAAGUAUUGACGUGGCAAUUUGUCAUGUUCAAUGUGCAACUUUGAUGCACAUGUAGGGCCAAAUCUUAACUUUUGGAUACAUUUGGUAAAUGAAGGUCAAGUUAAGGUAUGGACCUUUCUGUUGAUUUCUACUUAAUUUUAAGUGAAACUACGUGAAGGAUCUAGUAGCUACUAACCUGUUGUGUUGCGUACUGUGUGUACGGUGUGUUUGUAAAGUGUGUGCCCCAUCAUGGAUUAUCAGUGUUGUCCAAUUAUUUUGAUACAAAAAGAGAUCCACCAACUGUAUUUACUUGUGUUCAACAGGUUUACACUUUACACAAUCAUCCUGCUGCUAUUCUAGUUUGUUGUUGUUGUUGAUUAUAUUACAUUUCUGUCUCAUCUCGUUUGAUCUUCUGUUGUUUUGUAUGUUUGUUUGCUCACAUUAUUUAAGUAGGGCAAUGUUUUUAGGGGUAUGCUAGUAUAAAUCACAUGUUUGUUUUUGAUCAUGGGACAAUAUAUAGACAAUAUUUAGGCUUCAAUCAAUUUUCCUUGUGUUUUACCACUUAGCCCAUGUAGCCUAUAACUAAAGAGCACUAUUCUCUGACCUCAUCAUAGCACAUAGUACUACACGAACAGCUUAACAAAUCUAUCAGUGGAGUAAUGACAUACUCUGUUAUCAUUUUAGUUUCACUUUCUUUAAGAAUGGGUUGAAACUGCCAUGUUGUUUUUUCUUCUUUAUUUUAGCUAGACACAGCGUAGGGAGCUGUGAUUACAGUGAUUGGCUCUCUGCAGCGCAGCCACAGUUAUGUUUCUCUCUAGGCCUUGGGAAAACAAGACAAAUGUUUUCCAUCAUCACCAUAAUACUUGGGUUGCCAAAUGUUCCCCCUCAAAACCUAUCACUGUGAUAGUGUUCCAGGCUCAAUACCAGUUAUUAUUAGAGAUUAUGAAUGAUCUGUAAAUUGUUUCAAUGCAGGUGUGGAUGCUUGUUUAGAUAUAUGUUCUCAGAGCUAUCAAAAAGCUAACUGGUUGCCCAGCAUAACAACUGUUUGCCUAAUGUUAUAACAAUAUAUAGGGCCAGUUCCAAACUACCCUUUAGCACUACAAGGACCUAUAUAGUAUGUGGACAUGGAAGUUGGAGAAGCCCAGAUGAGGUCCUACCUGGGUCAUCGUUUGAGAGUCUUUGCCUUAUCGUACCUAUUUAAUGGAUCAACAUCAUCAUCAUCAUCAUCAUCAGUACAGUACAAUCCACUGCCAAAUGUUAUUAUUUUGCCAAAUCAAAGGCUGUUUAAAGCUGCUUUUAAAUGUCUAUAGCUGCCUUAAUGUGUACAUUUUAUAUUGUAUGAAAAUAAUAUAAUUUUAUUUUAAUGGCAGUAUUUGUAGAGGGCAGAGUAACAGAAAAGUGAUUUAUUAUAGUUUCUGAUAUACUGUAUAUUGUGUGUAGAAGGCAUUCCCUGAAUAAAGGUUAUCAUGAUUAA